UCACCACUAGAGGGCACUACAACACAGUAUCACCCUCUUUGGAGUUGCAACCUAAGUUAGCUUCAUCGACUGUUUUUAGUUUUUUUAUUUAUUCCACUGGGUUAAAUCGAUUAUUUAACACUGGGGGAGUUUAUUUUACCGCUCUGUUCGGGGGUGUGUGUGACAAUCUCUCAACAACAGCAGCAGCAGCAUCACAACAACAACAAGAGCCCUACUUCCGGUUUUAGACUCCAGCAUCAUUUGAGGGAUUUGCUUUAUCAGCAGGUCAGUGGUUUCAUUUGGCUUUUGUUGAAUAAUAAUAGUCCACUCUGCUGCUGUUUUCCUGACUGCCUGCAGCCGAAAACAGAGAACAAUCAGCGGGCGGUCACAAGUAGGCUCCGCGUCAGGUUUUAGUAUGAGCGACGGGGAGGUGUUUCACGAGAAGCAGCGCUUGGAGCUGUGCGCCAUACAUGCGCUCAACAACGUGCUCCAGGAGCGGGUGUUUACCAAGGAGACGGCCGAUGACAUCUGUAAACGGUUAGCUCCACAGUGUGUGGUAAACCCCCAUCGGUCAGUAUUGGGCACAGGAAACUAUGACGUUAAUGUGAUCAUGGCAGCACUACAGAGCAGAGACCUGGCCGCUGUGUGGUGGGACAAACGCAGGACGGUUCAGAGUCUCUGCAUGUCAAAGGUCCAGGGUUUUAUUCUCAAUGUUCCCUCCCGAGUGUCUCUGGGCAUCGUGUCCCUUCCGCUCCGGCGGCGGCACUGGCUGGCCGUCCGGCAAGUUAACGGACAGUACUACAACCUGGACUCCAAACUGAAGGGUCCCGCCUGCAUCGGGGGAGAAGCAGAGCUACGAGCAUUUCUCAGCGAGCAGCUGUCCCAUGAAGUGGCAGAGAUGCUCCUGGUGGUCCAGCGGGACGUGGAGGAGGAUGGGUCAUGGUUAAACCCCGACAGCCCAAACAAUUGAUCCAUUUUGUAUCAAAACACAAAGCUCCUCGGGGAAAAUUACAGACUUUUGUUGUUUUUUUUAAACACUUCAUUAAAGAAAAGUAUUCAGGGAAUGCACUAAAAUACACUUAACUGAUACAUAAAGGAAAAUCCAAAGAGAAGCAGAGGGUGAAGUUUACUCUUGAAAUGAAGAAGUUUCCGAUUGUAACAGCUGUUGAAGCUUUCCCUCUGGUCUGACCGUGUCUUAAAACAAGGAAGAAGCUGAAGUGGGGCUAGUUUGAGACAAAUACGCUUAUGAGAACUGACUGAACUGUUUGCAGUUUUACUUGCAGGCUGUGUUAAUGAUUGAACAGCCGUGUUAAUGGUACCUUAAUUACUGAAAUACGAAGGUAAACGUGUUCUGAGGUGAUUUUCUUUGUCGUCGUCUCAGAUUUGGGUGAUUUUUGGACAUAUCAGAACGUACCGGUGAAGCAGCUGCGUUGUCUUUUUCCUCUGUCGUUUCUCUCCUAUGCACUGCGGAGUGGGAUUUGUGAGGUGUAAAUGUGUUUGGUUGUGCUUAUUCAGGCACACACGUACCAGGAUGGCUGAACUAUGUAGCAGGAUCUGCG